CGACACUACUAUAAAUAACUAUGAACUCACAUACAAUUUUAUUACAAUAUCACAACAUACACAGAAGAAAGCAGUGCGUACCUAACCAAAACUUUCUGCUGCCUUAGAAUAAUAAUGGGGUUCCAUUAUUUCACAUACAUCCUAGCUUUUCUCACUUUGGUGUUUGCAGCAAGCCAUGCUUUGCAGUCUCCCGAGCUAUAUUGGAAGUCUGUCUUGCCAAACACGGCAAUGCCAAAAGCUGUCACUGAUCUUCUACAAUCAGACAUAAUGGAAGAGAAGAGUACCUCUGUGAAUGUUGGAAAGGGAGGAGUUAAUGUCAACACCGGGAAAGGGACGAAGCCAGGGAGCAGUGGUACUCACGUGAGUGUUGGAAAAGGCACAGGUGUUGGGGUCAGCACAGGCAAGGGAACCAACGUCGGUGUUGGCAAAGGAGGAGUUUCCGUAAGCACAGGAAAAAAGGGCAAGCCACCUGUUUAUGUUUCCGUAGGCAAAGGAAAAUCUCCAUUUGUCUAUAAUUAUGCAGCCACUGAGACUCAACUUCAUGACAAUCCCAACGUUGCUCUCUUCUUCUUGGAGAAGGACAUUCAGCCCGGCACUGAAAUGAACUUGAACUUCAUCAAGAGCUCCAACCAAGCAACUUUCUUGCCCCGCAAAGUAGCUCAAUCAAUCCCCUUCUCAUCUAAACAAGUGCCUGAGAUUUUGACCAAACUCUCAGUGAAACCGCAGUCGGUGGAGGCUGAGAUGGUGAAGGAGACAAUCAAAGAGUGCGAAGAGCCCAGCACUAAAGGUGAAGACAAGUACUGCGCCACUUCGCUAGAGUCAAUGAUCGACUUCACCACUUCGAAGCUUGGGAAAAAUGUACAAGCAGUUUCUACAGAAGUGGAAAAAGAAAGUGGGAAAAUGGAGAAGUACACGAUAACACAAGUAGAAAAGAAGAAGAGAAACUCAGCAGGAGGAAGUGGUGGCAAAACCGUUGUGUGCCACAAGCAAAACUAUCCAUUUGCAGUGUUCUAUUGCCACGCUUCGCAAGCCACCGAGGCUUAUAUGGUGAGCUUAGAAGGUUCUGAUGGGACCAAAGCUAAGGCAGUAGCUGCCUGCCAUAAAGACACCUCGGAAUGGAACCCAAAGCACUUGGCCUUUCAAGUCCUUAAGGUUAAACCAGGAACUGUUCCAGUCUGCCAUUUCCUUCCUGAGGAUCAUAUAGUCUGGAUUCAAAACUAGAAAUCUUUUAUAUAAACGAAUAUAUAUACAUAUAUAUAUAUAAAUAUAUGUGUGUGUAGUUUUAGCUACCCUUUUAAUCUUGACUUUCAGAGAUAAUAAGUAUACAUGCAUGUGAAUCAUGUAUUAGUGCGUAUGAAGUCUUUUAUGUUUUCAGUUAUAUGUACUAUACAUGUUAUUUUCUGUGUAUAUUCAGUGAAAGAUCAUCAUGUGUGUGGUUCCAUUGA